UCAUUAGGAAGCGCCGGCGAAGGGGGGGAAAUGGCGGCGGUCACGCUCUGGGGAUGCCAGAAGUGCCUUCUGAAUAUAUGGCUGACCUCUGGGCGCUGUUCAGGAGCCCUGCGCUUUGCCCUCCUUCAGCCCCAAAGUAGAAGACCAGCUUUGCAGCUGCAUCAGUCUAGAUGCUCUUCCUCCGGGGGCCGGAAGGGCUUCAUCUCUGGCUUCGUGGAGAACAUCAAGGCAGAGCUGGCCAAAAACAAGGAGAUGAAGGAGAGUAUCCAGAAAUUCCGAGAUGAAGCCAAAAAGCUGGAGGAGUCCGAGGCCCUGCAGGAAGCUAGGCGGAAAUACAAAACCAUUGAAUCGGAGACAGUGAAGACCUCCGAAGUCCUGAAGAAAAAACUCGGGGAAAUCACAGGCACUGUUAAGGAGAGCCUGGAUGAGGUCAGCCGGAGCGACUUUGGCCGGAAGGUCAAGGAAGGAGUGGAGGAAGCGGCCAAGACAGCCAAGCAGUCAGCUCAGUCGGUUUCCAAAGGCAGUGAGAAGCUGGGACGAACGGCCGCCUUCAAGGCCCUUUCACAGGGCGUGGAGUCGGUGCGGAAGGAGCUGGACGAGACGGGGCCUUAUAGGCGGCCGGAACGGCUGCGGAAACGGACGGAAUUCGCUGGACAGAGGCUUAAAGAGGAGCGGAUCUUCGAAGCCAAUGAGGAGGCGCUGGGGGUGGUUCUGCACAAAGAUUCCAAGUGGCACCAGCAGUGGAAGGAGUUCAAGGACAACAAUGUGGUCUUCAACCGUUUCUUUGAAAUGAAAAUGAAGUACGAUGAGAGUGACAACGUGGUCAUCCGGGCCUCACGGGCUGUGACAGACAAAGUGACCGAUUUCAUAGGCGGGCUUUUCUCCAAGACAGAGAUGUCGGAGGUGCUGACGGAGAUCCUGCGCGUGGACCCGGCCUUCGACAAGGACCGCUUCCUGCGCCAGUGCCAGGAGGACAUCAUCCCAAACAUCCUGGAGGCGAUGAUCACAGGGGACCUGGACAUCCUCAAGGACUGGUGCUAUGAAGCGACCUACAGCCAGUUGGCACAUCCCAUCCAACAGGCCAAAGCGAUGGGACUCCAGUUCCAUUCCAGGAUCCUAGACAUUGACAACAUUGAUCUGGCCAUGGGCAAGAUGAUGGAGCAGGGUCCGGUGCUGAUCAUCACCUUCCAGGCCCAGCUGGUAAUGGAGGUCAAAAGUCAAAAGGGGGAGCUGGUCGAAGGAGACCCCGGUAAGGUGCUGCGGAUGCUGUAUGUCUGGGCCUUGUGCCGCGACCUGGAAGAGCCAGACCCUCUGGCUGCCUGGCGCCUGCUGGACAUCUCUGCCUCCAGCACAGAGCAGAUCCUAUGAGGGCAGUCAUCUUGGUUCUGUGGCGGGGGUGGCCAUCCUGGUUCCGUGGCGGGGGUGGCCAUCUUGGAGGCCCCUCCUAGGCGAGGACACGUUCCCCUCUCAAAGGCGGGGCUUGGGAAGGGGUGGGGCUCUUGGCCUCAAAGAGAAGGAGGAUUCCCAGCAGGCCUUGGGGCACAACACAGGAAGGACUGAAGGGAGUCAAUGAAUUAAAUCGAAUGGACCUGG